AUGGCGCCACGCGCGGCGCAGGCGAUGAUCACGGCCGCCGCCGCGCUCCUCCUCAUCGGCCAGGCGAUGCGCCACCGGCCGCUCGAGCUGCGCCGCCAGCUGAGGGAGGUGGACGCGCCCGCUGUGGGCGCUUUGGAGCCCGCCGCAUCCGCAGUCGCGCCUGCGGCGGCCCGGCGGUCCUCGCCGCCACCCGCGAACCGGCCGCCUCCGCCUUUGCCGCCUCCGGCUCCAAGGCCUCCCUCGGAGCUGGCCUUGAGAUCGGCGGCCGACCCGAGCUGCAACCCGACGCCGCACGCUGGCUUCUCGGGCGGCUCGCUCAACUGGGGGAUGAGCUUCCACGUCGGCACCGCGCAGGAGUGCUGCGACGCGUGCAAGGCGCACGCGCGGGUCUGCGGCGCUCCCGGCGCCGGCGGCCGGGUCUACCUGAACCGCAGCUGGGAGGGGAAGGUGAGCGCGGAGCGGUGCGCCAAGACGAUGACCUCCAACGAGCUCGGCACGCACGCCGCGCAGGCGUGCAACGUGUUUGUCUUUUGCCCGACGCCGCCGAGCGCGGGCGGCCUCUGCUGGUCGAACGACGUGUGGAACCACUCAUCGGGCGAGUGCUGGCUCAAGAGCCAGGCGGCGCCGCAGCGGCCGCACGCGGGCGCCUUUGGCGCCUACCCGGACGCGUACCGCAAGAAGCACCGCACCGCCCCUGAAAAGGUGCAGUGGAUGAGCGGCGCGCUGCACCCGGGGCCAGUCACCGUGGACGGGCCGCACUGGCACUGGUAG